GAUGCGAGCAGUCCCAAAGACAAUGAUAGAUCAGUGGACGAUUUUCUCUUGAUCUUACUUCGUGCUCUUGAUAAGCUACCUGUGAAUCUCAAUGCUCUCCAGACUUGUAACAUUGGAAAGUCGGUUAAUCAUUUGCGGUCACAUAAGAAUUCAGAAAUUGGGAAAAAGGCAAGGAGCUUGGUUGAUACAUGGAAGAAACGUGUUGAGGCAGAAAUGGAUGCAAAGUCUGGAUCCAAUCAGGGUGCAUCUUGGCCUGGAAGACCUCGUCAUUCUGAAGCCUCUCAUGGAGGUAGACAUUCAGGUGUAUCCGCUGAUGCAACCAAGACUUCAUCAUCACAUUUUCAUCCGUCUAAGUCUGUGUCCGUCAAAAUACCGUCAGAGAACAGCAUGAAGUCUGCAACUACAUCUCCAAGUUCAACUAGAUCAGCCCCAUCACCUGGAACAGGUGUAGCUGUUGUUAAUGACGGGCAGCAAAGAAAUACUGGGCUGAGCAGGAGUUUCUCAUCACAAAGAACUGCACCUGAAAAAACUUGUGAAGUACCGAUGGCCGAAGGUUGCAGUAACAAGUUGAUCGUGAAGCUGCCUAAACGUGGCCGUAGUCCAGCACAGAGUGUUAGUGGAGGUUCCUUUGAGGAUCCUGCAGUGGGUAAUAGCAGAGCUCCGUCACCUGUUCCUUCAGAGAAGUAUGAUCAGUUUGACCGAAACAUGAAAGAAAUGAAUGAUACAUAUCGAGCUAAUUUUAGCCCUGAUACUAAUACCGAGUCUUCGCAGAACAAUGAUCUUAAAAAUCUAUCAACAGUUUCAGAUGAGAUUGCUGGUUCCCCUUCUGUUAAUGCUGGUGAUGAGCAUGGAAAGGCUGUUAAUGAUUCUGGUAAAGUAGCAGGAACUGCCAAACCCACUUCUCCCACGUUGGGAGAUGACGCUAAAACUGGGAAAAGGCAUUGUGGAUCACAUAGCUCAAUGAAUGCGUUGAUUGAAAGUUGUGUCAGGGACUCCGAGACAAAUGCAUGUAUGGCUGGUGCGGAUGAUGUUGGAAUGAAUCUUCUAGCUACUGUAGCUACUGAUGAAAUGUCCAAAUCCCCUGUCGCAUCACCCUCGGUAUCCAGGGUUUCAGAUUCCAAGAUGAAUGAUAGCUCCAUUGCA